AUGUCUCAGGUCAUGACGGCGCAGCGUCCCGGUCCCAAGGGCCAGAAGCCCGGUCCCAUCAUCGCCCCUGCCCCGGGUGCCGGCGGUGACUUCCCCUGGAGCUCGGCGGCCGACCCCGGCUUCUACCCCGACACGCCGCCCAUCACGGAGGAUGACUACCUCCACCGUCACCGGCUCAAGGAGUCGUCGUCGGCCGAGUCCUUCUCCCUGGAACCCGUCAGGCCCGAGGACGAGCCCGUCAUCGCCGUCCUCGGCGUGGGCUACGUCGGCACCCACCUCGUCGAGUCCUUCUCCAAGAGGUACGGCGUCAUCGGCUUCGACGUUUCCAGGGCACGCGUCCGUCAGCUCCGGGAGGAGCACGGGGGCGUCGGCAUCGCCGGCAAGGCCCUCGACUUCACCGACGAGACAGUCAAGCUCUCGGCCGCCACCCAUUUCCUCAUCUCCGUGCCUACCCUGCUCCGUCCGGAUCGUACCAUCGACUCCUCGUACCUGAGGGAGGCCGUCAUGACCGUCGCCCAGGUGGCCCGUCGCGGGUCGACCGUUGUCGUCGAGAGCUCCGUCGCCGUCGGCAUGACUCGCCAGAUUCUCGGUCCCAUCAUCUCCGGGCUGGACGACGUGAUCCCCGGGUCCCUGGACGCCAUCCACCGGGUGUACAGCAGCAUCUUCGACAACGUCGUGACCGUGUCCAAGCCCGAGGUGGCCGAGAUGAUGAAGCUGUACGAGAACUGCCAGCGCAUGGUGUGCAUCGCCUACGCCAACGAGAUGGCCGACGCCUGCGCCCCCCACGGCAUCGACCCCUACGAGGUCUGCGCCGCCGCCGCCACCAAGCCCUUUGGCUACAUGCCCUACACCCCGGGCAUCGGCGUCGGCGGCCACUGCAUCCCCGUCAACCCCUUCUACCUUCUGUCCAACAGCAGCUUCCCGCUCCUCGAGGCCGCCACGGCCUCCAUGUGGGACCGCCCGGCCAAGAUUGCCGAGAGGGCCCUCGAGUCCUUCAGGGACGGCGGCGAGGCUGCCGCCCCCGCCGCCCGAAGGCCUCGCGUCCUGGUCGUCGGCAUGGCCUUCAAGGCCGGCCAGGAGUCGCUGAGCAACUCCCCCGGUAUCGGCGUCGCGAAGCACCUCGCCAUCUCGGGCGAGGUCGACGUUCAGUGGGCCGACGCCCUCGUCCCCCAGGAGGCCAUCCCGCAGAUCCCGCGCCUCGCCGACGCCGACUGGAACAGGGAUGUCCUCCAGACCUUCGACCUCGUCAUCGUCGCCCUGCAGCAGCACAAGAUGGACUUUGGCCUGCUCAACCAGCUGGAUGGUGUCCGCGUCGAGAAGUGGUGCCGAUGA